GCACAACUUGUUACGUGAGCUAUAUAUUCAAUAUGAUAAAAUGGAGAGCAUAUACUUUACCUCAGUUUGCAGGCAAUAAAGAGUCGUCCAAGGCAAGAAGCAUUGGAAGACCAAAAUCCCCAAAUCCGAACCCAAAAGUUCCUUCAAGAUCCAUAACUCCGGGUCACAGACCAAGUAUUUCAUUAACUGAAGCCAAAAACACCAAGGUGCCUGCGCCCACCUUGUUCAAUCAGAAAACAAGUCAACCGAUCUGCACUCAUCCUCUGAGCAAUAAACGAACAAAUGUGGUUUCCAAUACCAGCAACAUAUCAUCAAAACCUUAUUCCAACCAAAAGGAUGACCACAUAGAUUUUCUUACUUCCAACCUGUCCAAAAACCUAGGAACAUCCACAAAUAAGACAAAGCCAAGGAGUAGAGGUGUGUCACCUUUGGCAAGAUCAACCAUUCCGGUACAAUUUCAAGGAAUUUCGGAUGAGACGCCCCCAAAUCUAAAGACAGACCGCUCAACUUCUGCUACGCGAGGCAGGCCGCAGCCAACUGUCACUCCUGCUGCUGUAGCGGUUCAUCAAAAGGCAGAACCUAGUUCAACUCCAAAGCCGAGGAGGCAAUCAUGUUCACCAUGUGUAACAAGGGGUCGGAGAGUGGAACCCAAGCAAGAUGUUAAAGGAACACAGGUCUUGGGGAGUAGGAUGGUUGAGAAGGUGAUGAACGCUAGGAAGUCAAACGUUGAAGAAAGGGACACAAAGCAAAAAUUACGAGCUGCUUCCAUUGAUGAAAGGACGAAGCAAGUGGAGAUUAAACGAGAUCGGAACACUUCCAGUCACCUUGGCAUUUUUCUCAAACGAGGCUAAGCGAAAGGACUAGGCGAGACUGAAUGAUCAAUUUGCUUGUUUGGGAAAUGGUAGCUACAAGGACAGCACACUUUCUGCAAAUAUUACACUAAAUAUAAUCAUACGUCUUCUCUAUUACUUUUGGCAUAUAUAUAUAUAUAUAUAUAUAUAUAAACCAACAUCUUGAGGAUCGGUGCAUGCUUAUUAGCAAAACGAGGAAUCUUGGCAAUCUUGCUAGAUUUUUCAUAUAUACAUUUCUCCUGGGCAACAAGAUUGUGUUCGCUCGAAGAAUAUAUUUAUAUAUAUAUAUAUUAUAUAGAAGUUAAAUUUUGUUAGCUGAAAGAUAGGAUGAAAGUCAAAUUUAUUAUU